UCAGCCAUAUAGAUUUGAAUUCUUAUUAUCAACGGAAAAGAAGACCAUAAAUGGUCAUUAUUAAUGUUUGAUUUCAUUUAUAAUCAUUUUAUUGAAUUAAAAUAAUUUUUUACUAAUUCUAUUCAUUUAUUAAAUUUAUUUAUUUUCAUCCAUUAUUUACUAACAACUAAAAUGAAAGCAUUAUUUGAUAUAGAAGUUUGUCAAACAGCUGACAGUAUGUUGUCAGCGGCAGAAAUUGAAAAAAUGGUCGUUGAAGAAUUCAAUCACGAUAUGGAUAAACAAACUUGUUUCAUAAUAAAUGAUUAUACAAUUCCUCCAGAAGCAUGGUCCAGUGAAGAAUUGAGAACCCAUGUGAAGUCUAUAACAUGUUAUUACAAUUUAGCAGUGGCAGAAAGCGAAGAAUAUGAACGUCCACAAUUUGAAUUUUUCAUAUAUCGUUUAAAUUCAGAAGAAGUUGCUAUAGAAACAAUGAAGAAUGAUACAGAAGAAUUACCUGUUUCAUCUCAUUGGAUUUUACCAUGUCAAGAAUUUCAUGGAUUGUGGGAGAGUUUACAUUAUGAGUCUAAAUUGAAAGAAAAUUUAUUCAAGUAUAUCGAAACUGCCAUGGAAUUUUCAGAAAAAAAUGUUGAUCCUAAUAUUAUAAGUUGGAACAAAGUUGUUUUGCUACACGGGCCUCCUGGUACUGGAAAAACAAGUCUUUGCAAAGCAUUAGCUCAAAAGGCUGCAAUAAGAUUAAGUAAACAGUUUGUAAGAACUGAAUUAGUAGAAAUAAAUAGCCACAGUUUAUUUUCCAAAUGGUUUUCUGAGAGUGGAAAAUUGGUGAUGAAACUUUUUUCUGAAAUUAAGCUUCUUCUGGAAGAUCAACAAGCUUUAAUAGUUAUUCUUAUCGAUGAAGUAGAAUCUUUAGCUCAUGCUCGUAAAGCUAGUAUGAAUGGAGCAGAACCAAGUGACUCAAUUAGGGUAGUAAAUUCACUACUUACUCAGCUGGAUCAAAUAAAACGCUACAAAAAUGUUUUAAUAUUAACAACAAGCAAUAUAACAGGGGCAAUAGAUUUAGCAUUUGUAGAUCGUGCUGAUAUCAAGCAAUAUGUUGGAUACCCAGGAGAAUGUGCCGUUCAAUGUAUUUAUGAUAGCUGUGUAAGAGAGCUACAACGAACAGGUGUUGCUAAAAGUGAUGAAACAUAUGAUUGGUGUGGUAAGUCAGCAUCACAAUUACUAUCUUUAAGCCUUGGACUAAGUGGCCGAACACUACGAAAAUUGCCUUUUUUGGCUCAUGCAUUAUAUUUAGACCAUGGUGAAAAAUUUACAGAAUCUAAUUUUUUUUCAACAAUGAUUGAAGCUGUCAAAAAUCAUUAUUCAGAAGAACAUGAUUUGAACAUAGCUAAAAAAUCUACUGAACCUAAAAGAGUACACUUUGAUUGUUAAAAAAUUGUUGAUGCUCAAAAUUUUUUCAAUAAAUGUUUAGUAUUUUUAUAACAGAAAA